AAGAGGCUCUAACCAACCCGGAAGUAAUAAGCACGGAGCAGGCGGCACAAAACGGGAAUGUCAAGUGAGAGUAAAUCCUCACAUUUGACAAAUAAAUGUCCCGCAAACUUUUAGUUCGACGUUUAAAGGAGAGCGACACGUGUGCUUUUUAGUGGUUUAGAGGCCGGGAUGUUGUUAAGAUGCUCUGGGCUUGAUGUGGCCUCUGUCUGCAGAAGAGCACUUUUCACUUUCAGACAUUUUUCUACGAAAACAACAAAGAAGCUGAGAGUUUCUGAAGCAGUGUCAGGGUCUUCAGUGGGAGAAAACAUUCAAGUUUCUGGAUGGCUUGGUUCUGUCAGAUCGCAGAAGGCUAACUUGUUCCUGGACGUGAACGAUGGAAGCUGCCUGCAGUCGCUGCAGGUGGUGGCCAGUUCCCAACUGGACCACCCGUCGCUGACUUUUGGGAGCGCAGUGGAGGUCCGAGGAACCCUGCAGGAAAGUCAGCACCCGAAACAAGCGGUGGAGCUCCAUGCAGAGCACAUUGGCGUGGUUGGAGAAUGUGACCCUGUGGACUUCCCCUUUAAGAUCAAAGGGCGACACAAGCUGGAGUACAUCCGCCAGUUCCCACAUCUUCGCAGCAGAACCAAGGCCUUCAGCUCCCUAUUGAGGAUUCGGAGCGAGGCCACGUCUGCCAUCCACUCGUACUUCAAGGAAAAUGGCUUCCUGCACGUUCACACGCCCGUCAUCACCUCCAACGACUGUGAAGGAGCAGGGGAACUCUUUCAGAUCCAGCCUUCCCGCCCAGAGAAGGAGGAUCACAACUUCUUCUCGGUUCCAACCUACCUUACCGUGUCUGGGCAGCUCCACCUGGAGGUCAUGUCAGGGUCAUUUUCCAAAGUCUACACUUUUGGGCCGACUUUCCGUGCCGAGAACUCCCAGAGUCGUCGCCAUCUGGCCGAGUUCUACAUGGUGGAGGCGGAGGUGGCCUUCACGCAGUCCAUACAGGACCUGGUCAAGGUCAUGGAGGACAUGUUCAGGCGGACGACUGAGCAUGUGCUGUCCUGCUGCGCGCACGACGUGGAUGUGUUCCACAAGCACGUGACACCAGGACACAGGGAUGCUGUGGAGGCCAUGUUGAAGGAGCGCUUCCCCGUGAUGACUUACAGCGAGGCCAUAGACAUCCUACAGCGCAGCUCACAGACGUUCAUCUACCCAACAAAGUGGGGCUGCGACCUUCAGACGGAGCAGGAGAAGUACCUGGUCAAACACUGCGGCCAGCGUCCGGUCUUUGUUACCGACUACCCCUACCGGCUCAAGCCCUUCUACGCCAGAGACAACCUGGACCGUCCCAAGCACACGGCUGCCGCCGUGGACCUGCUGGUGCCGGGAGUGGGCGAGCUGUGUGGGGGCUCCUUGAGGGAGGAGAGGCUGCACCUGCUGACAGCUCGUCUGGAAGAAGUGGGACUAGAAGACACCUACAGCUGGUAUUUGGAUUUAAGGCGCUUUGGCUCCGCCCCACACGGCGGCUUCGGGAUGGGGUUUGAACGAUUCCUGCAGUGCAUUCUGGGAGUGGACAACAUCAAAGACGUGAUUCCUUUUCCCAGAUUUUCACACUCGUGUCUUCUGUAGGCUUGUAUACAGAGUACUGAUUCCUCAUUGGCUCCGUCCAGGAAGACCCGUUACAUUCUGGACCACACCUGGGCAAAGUAGUUAGACUUACUUAUAAAGAUAAUCAUUUUUAGACCUUUAACAUGGAAGCUGUAGACGCCAUUAUAAUUUGCUGUUUUCAAAUCACUAUAGCAGUGGUUCUUCACCUGGGUUCGAUCAAACUCUCGGGAUUCGGUGAGUCCGCCUCAGGGGUUCGGCGGAGGUCAAAACACACCCGUCUCAUCGUGUAAAUACAAACUUCUCCCUAUCGGCGUAUUACGGAUAUGGCAACAGCUGACUGAUUUGCAGGUGUGUAAUUUGUUGUGAGUUUAUGCACUGUGUUGGGUUUUGUUGUUUGAACAAAGUGAUGUUGAUGCACGGUUCAUUUUGUGCCCCAGUAAAAAAAACACGGUAACACUUAAGUAUGGGGAACAUAUUCACCAUUAAUUAGUUGCUUAUUAACAUGCAAAUUAGUAACAUAUUGGCUUUUAACUAGUCAUUAUUAAUGCCUUAUUAGGCAUGGGCUUAUUAUUACCCUAAUCCUCUAACCCUGACCCUUACCCAAACCAAAUAGCUCUAAAUUAAGUCUUUAUUACUUAGACUAUGUUCGCCUAGUGUUCAAAUAAGUCUAAAUUAAGUCUUUGUUAGUUAGAAUAUGUUCCCCAUAAUAAAGUGUUACCAAAAACAAAUAAAUUUGUCUUGAAUUUGAAAAAAAAAAAAACAUUUUAUUUUUCAUUAAAGAAGGUUUCGGUGAAUGCGCAAAUGAGACUGGUGGGGUUAGGUACCUCCAACAAGGUUAAGAACCACUGAACUAUAGGAAGUAUUCCAAUGGUUGCAGUCUCUGCUUUUGAGUGAUAUACGAAUUGUCACGGUAAUUUACAGUAUGUCACAGUACUCCCGUCCAAAGGCAAAACCUAGUAACUCAUUUGUAGCUGAUUUUGAGAAAACAAAGGAAAACCAAUCUAUCUUGAUGCUGAUCUUACAAAGAUCUACAAAGUCAUCAAACGUAUAGAUGUUUCUUGUCGAUUGAGCCAUCGAUUGAAUCUGCUCUUAUGAACGUGUGCCCUUUCUCCAGAUAUUUUAUCACAAUCUCGGGUGGGCCCCAUUGUGCGUCCAGUUUUUAUUUUGACCUCCACAGUUAUCUGCUCAAAAGAGUAUGCAAGGGGAAGAAUCAAGAACAAUACAUUUAAUGAAGGUGCUUGCAACGUCCUGGGCCAAUCUUCCAAAUAUCCCCCCGUGCCAUAGUAUCACAUAAUCAGGUUGACCGUUGUCCCCCAUUUGUGCAAAUGUCUCAUUAAAGACAAUAAGGCGACUGACAAAGAAGUUCCGAUUGGUCCCUUGAGAUAUUAGGUUUUUCUGUUGUAGCUACGCGGUUAUGUGGUAGUUGCUAGGUCCUGCCAUGCGCGUAACAGCUUACUUCCGGAACAAUUUACAAUAUCGCAUACACUAAUGUAAAGCAUAUCACCUAGGAACUCAAAAAUGAUUAUCAGCUCAGUUUUGACCAAAAUUGAGUUACUGGGUUUUGCCUAUGGACGGGAGAGUAGCGCUAGGCAGAGUGGGCGGGCUUUGUUUACAGGUCAGGCAGCCUGAGACACAGGUUUUUACAACAAUGUUCUGCAAAAAAAAGUGAUAUUCCAUCAAAUUGUACGUUUUUGUCCGCUGUUUUGAUGCAUGUUUGCUGUGUUUUGCCUGAUUGUAAAAUAUAUUCUCGGUCAUGCGUGCCAACCUGUGUUUAUAAGGAAGCGCAUCUGUCAACGAGAUGCUGCUGCCAACAGAAUCGCCGCACUUCUGUCGUUGGUCAUUUGUCAUUUAUCAUAGUCGGAGAUCAUUUCCACCGUGUGGGAAUAUUUUGAUCAUAUAUCGGAAAAGAAGGUAUUUGUGUUCAUUUCCUUGUCGUUUCAUCCUGUUCUCUCAAAGUUUCUAAAAUUGUCCCACCCACACAAACAUCCUAUUGGUUACAUUAAAAAGCAGAAAUAAACAAUCUCUUUGAUAGCUCAGUUGGUAGAGUGGAGGACUGUAAUUGUUCAUGCUGAGUUCCUUAGGGCACUUGUUCAAAUCCAGCUCGAUGAAUUGAUUAACGUGGACCCCGAUUUAAACACGUUGAAAAACUUAUUCGAGCGUUACCAUUUAGUGGUCAAUUGUAGGGAAUAUGUACUGAACUGUGCAAUCUACUAAUAAAAGUUUCAAUCAA